CACUCCCAUAUCUCCUGUGUCAUUUUUGGGGGGGGUGUGUGUGUGUGUGUGAGGGUGUGCGCCUGUGCAAUUUUAAAAAAAAAAAAAAAAAAAAAGAAAGGACGAGAGGAGUGUGUGCUUGUGGACUGAUAACUCUUCCCAGGAUGCAUCGGCUGCUGGUGGCGACCCUGGUGCUGGUGGCACUCUGCUCCUUGGGGAGCGUGGAUUCUUCGGCGUAUGACAAGAUUGUCACCCACAGUCGCAUACGGGCCAGGAAGGAAGGGCCCAAUGUGUGCGCCCUGCAGCAGGUCAUGGGGACCAAGAAGAAGUACUUCAGCACGUGUAGGAACUGGUACAAAGGCACCAUCUGCGGCAAGAAGGCUGUGGUCCUUUACGAGUGCUGUCCCGGGUACAUGAAGCUGGAGGGCAUGAGAGGAUGCCCCGCAGUGGCUCCCAUUGAUCAUGUGUAUGGUACGCUGGGACUUGUAAAGGCUACGACCACACAGCAAUAUGCUGACAUGUCAAAACUGAGAGAGGAAAUUGAAGGCAAAGGCUCCUUCACCAUGUUUGCGCCAAGCAAUGAAGCCUGGGAUCAGCUGGACUCUAAUGUACGUGCUGCACUGGUGGGAAAUGUGAACAUCGAGCUGUACAACGCUCUUCACUUCCACAUGGUGAACCACCGUCUUCUGACCAAGGACAUGAAGAACGACAUGUCCGUCACAUCAAUGUACAAUGACCUGGGGCUCUACAUCAACCACUACUCCAAUGGGAUUGUGACAGUGAACUGUGCCAGGAUCAUCCAUGGUAACCAGGUGGCCACAAACGGUGUGGUCCAUGUCAUCGAUCGGGUCAUCAGUGCUGUGGGCAGCACCAUCAAGGAAGUCCUGGAUGUCACCGAUGAGCUCUCCUCAUUCAGUGCUGCAGCGUUGGCUUCUGGUAUAAUGGACAAGCUGGACCAGGCCGGCCACUACACUGUGUUCGCUCCAACUAAUGAAGCCUUUGACAAACUGAGCCCAGGCUACCUGAACCGCAUCAUGGAGGACAAGGCUGUUAUUGCAGCAUUGGUGAACUACCACCUGCUGAACAGUGUCCAGUGUUCAGAAGCAAUCAUGGCAGGGUCAGUGUAUGAGACCGCUGAGGGCAGCACCAUUGAGAUCGGUUGCGAUGGCGACAGUCUGACAGUCAACGGCAUCAAGAUGGUGCUGAAGAAGGACAUCGUCACCACCAACGGCGUCAUCCACCUCAUCGACCGGGUGCUCGUCCCCGACUCAGCCAAGGAUGGGUUGGCGCUGAUGGGACAGUCUCAGAGCACUUUCAGCGAUAUGGUGUCAGAACUGGGAUUGGCUUCCGUUUUGGGUCCGAAAACGGAGUACACGCUCCUUGCUCCUGUCGACGAUGCCUUCACGAAGGAGGUGAUGUCAACGGACCAGAGCGUCCUGAAAUACAUUUUGGAAAACCACAUCUUGAAGCUCAAAGUCACACUUAGCGAACUCUACAAUGGACAGCUGCUGGAAACGUUGGCUGGCAAACUGCUCCGAGUCUUCAUUUACCGCACUGCUGUGUGCAUAGAAAAUUCAUGCAUGGUGCGUGGCAGCAAAGAGGGGAGCAAUGGUGCCCUCCAUGUCAUGAGGUCCAUCAUCAAACCUGCGGAGAAAACAAUGUACGAGCGCCUGACCACGGAUGGACGGUUCAAGAUUUUCCUGUCCCUAAUUGAGACAGCAGGCCUGACUGAUCUGCUGAAGCAGGAGGGCUCCUUCACCAUCUUUGCACCAACGGACGAUGCCUUUGAAGGCCUCACUAGAGAAGACUUUGAUCUGCUCAAAAGUGACGUGAAUGCUCUGAGGGUCAUCCUGCUCUACCACUUCAGUAAUGGGGUCUUCAUCAAUGGAGGAUUAGAGGGAGGAGUCACCAAUCUGCUCAAAACCCUCCAGGGCAACAACCUGCAAGUUUUGUCUGUAAACAACUCUAUCAAUGUCAACUCUGUGGAUGUGCCGGACAGUGACCUGAUGGCAACAAACGGCGUGAUCCACGUGGUGAAGAAUGUUCUGUAUCCCGCAGACCUUCCCGUGGGCCGCCAGGACCUCCUGGUUCUCCUGAAGAAGCUGAUUAGGUACAUCCAGAUAAAGUUCGUUUCUGGAUUCACAUAUACUGAGAUCCCACUCACCUUCCUCAAGAGGGUCAUCACAACUACACAUUACAUCGAAACAGCCCCUGAAGUAAAGGUGACCAGGCGCAUCGAGACGAGCGAACCCACUAUCACCAAGGUAACAAGAGUCAUUGAGACGGAGCCAAUAGUCACUGAGGUGGUCAUCGAGGGAGAACCUACCAUCACCAAAGUAACCCAGGUUGUCGAGAGUGAUCCUACCCUCACAAAAGUAACUAGGGUCAUCGGGGGAGAUGCUUCCAUAACCACCAGAGUCGGCAUGGGAGAUCCUUCCAUCACCAAAGUGACCAGGGUCAUCGAGGGAGGUGAUUUCCAAACCACCAGGGUCAGCACAGGAGAUCCUUCACUCACUAAAGUAACUAGGGUCAUCAAGGGAGAUGCUUCCACAACCACCAGGGUCGGCACGGGAGAUCCUUCCCUCACCAAAGUAACCAGGGUCAUUGCAGGGCAGCCUUCCAUUACCAAGGUCACAAGAGUUAUCGAAGGUGGAGUUGAUGCGGAGGGAAAACCGAUUGCAGGUGGAGCCGGAUACACCACCGGGAACGAACCUUAUAUCAUUGAGGGCCCAGACUUCUCCAAGAUCACCACCAUCCACGGGAACCCAAAUCUGAUCGAAGAGGAAUCAGAGAGAAUUACCAAAAUCAUUAGAGAGGGAGGUAGAUUCGCUGCUGCCAGGAAAGCUCCAGCUGGAAUGAGGAGGAGAACAAGGCUGGUCAGGCGUCACCACAAGCCAAGGGAGUGAAUCCAAGUGGGAGAGAACACCUUCGGGCUCACCGCAGAGACUGAAUGCAUCUCCAGAGCUCCUGGUCGAGUGCUGGAGGAUUGAAAACUGUGGACCAAUAGGGAGAGAUCCAAUCAAUCUAGCUAAUUCUUUGUUCAAACCCCCAAUAAGAAUGAUUGUUUACUACACCAUCUAGACCAUACUGUAUGUGAUAGGUAUGAUGUGUACUAGCAAUGAAAUUAGAAUACCCUUCAUGUGACUAAGUGUGUAAGGGAAAUAUGAACUUGCUGCGGGUUGGAUGGUGUGUAAGGCGAGAUAUACUUUUUUUUAAAGGAUUUCUUUAUUUUUUAAUCCUGUCACUUUGCAAACUGAUGGUUUGGGGAGGAUUUUUGUAUGCUUUUAUGGUGCUCGCAUUCUGUAAGUUGGAUGCAUUUCGAUGACAAAAAAAACAGUGUCAAACAGUGUUUUGCUAUCUUAGAUGCUGUACUGUACCUCUGUAAAUUACCACAUGGUAAUUAAAAAUUACAGUGGAUUUUUAUACAGAUUUCCGUCAUUCUUUUCUGCUUCUGUGAAUGUUUUUCAUUCCCCCCUUCAACAAAAUGUUUCAUGCUGUCAAACGUGAGCCUGACUUGUAUAUGUUCUUGUGCAAUCAGGCCUCAAAAUCUUUGUUCUUCUGUCAUUCUUUUUUUUUUUUUUUUUUACCUCAAAAACAAUGUGGCAAAUAAAUGUGUAAAUAAAAUGUGCAUAUUGACUCAGAA